CACCGAGACCCCUUUAAUCUUGGCGCCACCUUCAGGAACAUCGACAUGACAAGCAUGACGAGUCCUCAGCUGUGCCAAAGGAUCCAAACGCCGAGCCUCGGGGGCCCUCACUAAGGUGGAGCUUGAAACAAGGGUGGGAGACAAUGAACAUUGCUGUUGUUCUCCGUGUUCUUCAGCAGAGCUCGCAGUGGUGAAAAAAAAAAGCCCAGUUAAAGGUUUCCCAUCAUUCAAUUUUCAGGGACAGAUGAUUGUCAUCUAAUAAACGCACAGCCGGAACUUGCAUAUCUGAUUCAUACUUGCCUCAGAGAGGGCAAGUGGAAAAACCUCAACCACUGAAGGACAAACCGAAUCACAUCCAAGCAAGUUCCGAGGUUGACGAAGAUGUCAAAUCCUGAUUUAAACUGGCUCGAGAUCUUCUACAACCUCCUGAACGGUUGCAGUGCAAGUGCAUUUUGCAAUAACUCUCUGCUGUCCUUUCACAACUCAAACAAUGAAAGUGGAAGGGAAGGUCUGGAUGAUGGAAUGCCCUGGCUGAGAGUAUUCAUCUCUGUGGUGUACUUUAUUGUGGCUACAGCUGGAGUGCUGGGCAACUUGCUGGUCAUGUUCCUACUUUAUUCCACUCGCACCAUCACCACAGGCACCAUCAAUUUCUUUGUUUUUAACCUAGCCUUGGCUGACCUGCUGUUUUCGCUCGCUUUACCAUUUUGGGCUGUGGACAUUGCGCUGGACUACAGUUGGCCGUUUGGCUUAGCCACAUGCAAGGCUGUGUCCUUACUAACCGGUCUGAACGUCUUUGCCAGUUGCUUUUUCCUGACAGCUAUGAGUCUGACCCGCUACUGCUACGUGGCAACAGCUCUCAAGCCAGGAUCGACCCUGUGCAACAGAUCUUGCACUUUCCCAGUGACCACAGCCAUCAUCUGGGUUGGGGCUCUGGUCGUUGCUCUGCCCCGGGCCGUGUUCGCGGAACUCGGCCACGUAGGCAUUGGAAAUGACGCCGCGUGUCUGCUCCGCUUCCCGGAUGGCACGGCCUGGCUUGGAAUCAACCAACUCCUGCGAGUGGUUCUGGGAUUUCUGCUGCCCUACACCAUCAUCAUCCUCUCCUACUUGCUCCUGCUGCGAUUCCUCUGCAGGCAUAAAUUAAAGGGCGGCAGCAACACCCGGCGAAAAGCCGGCAUCUCAAAGUCCGUGGCCGUUGUGGUGUUGUCCUUCUGCGCCUGCUGGUUUCCCAUCAACGUCCUCACUUUCUGGACCGUCCUCAUACAGCUUGACGUCAUUGAGAUCAGCAACUCGUUCUACUCUGCUCAGACGUACUUCUUCCCUCUCGCCAACUGCUUGGCUUUCGCCAGCAGCUGCUUCAACCCUGUCAUCUACUGCCUGGUCAGGAAGGAGUACCGCACGGCUUUGCGUAAUGUUUUCUUCAAGCUAAGUCUGACCAUCAUGUCAAAGAUGCCCUAUGCGCUAAACUCCGAGGAUGCUUUGGGACAGGGCGGUCAGCUUGGAAUACCUCUCAGCAAUGUCUACAGCCAGACGUGCCAAACUGACUCAAGGGGCUACGCACCGCUGACACCACUUCCGGCUGGAACAUCCCCUCUGUAGAGCCUCAACGCAGUGAUCAUUCAGUCUUGAUAUAAAAAACAUCUGUAUCAAACAGUUGAUGCACAGAGGAUUUGCAUGUUUUGGUGUUCGGCUGGGACAUUAGGAGCAGAUAGUAUCUUACCUGCCUGAGACAGGGCUGUAUAGUUCUGGAAAUCAAGGAAUUGCGUUUAAUUUUUUUGAACUGUCAAAAUUGUAUUAGCAUUCCAAAAUGUAAAUUGUCCUCACUCAAGGGUUGAAGUGGCGCAAGCUAUAAGUACAAGAUCAGACUUUUAACCUGUGAGGUGAAUUGGAUGCUGCAUUAGUUCUCUCUAGAUAUUCAAACCAACAACUACUCAGAGCGGCGCCAGUUCCAACACGAUCUUUAAUAUACAUAACUCAUCAAUCCUGUUUAAAGAAGCAUCCAAAGCAAAACUAUUUGAAACAGAAGUUGUUUUAGGAUCUACUCUACGCAUACGUCUGCUCUGAUGGUUCAAAGCACUUUUUUUGAACUAUGACUGUUCAGCUACCUACAGCAGGUAAGUUACUGACUGCUGACGAUACAAAGCCUCGGUUAAAAUAAUUAAAAUGGUCCCUUUAACACUUCUGACAGCAUGCUGUACCACCUUGUAACUUUUCCCACUAAUGAUCAUUACUGUCAAUAUCAGAAGGUUUCUCUUAAAACAGCUACCAAGCUUUUGUGGUUCUGCACAAAAUGUCAUGUGUUUCGACAUUUUUCAAAGUUGCAUUUGCUAAUAUAUUACGUGAGGAGAUUGUGCCACUCCACUUCCAGACUUUUCUUUUUUUGUUCCUCAUAAGUUGGAUGGAAAAGAGAAAACAACAUUUCACAGUUAUUCUUAAUAAGCUUUGUGGAAAGCUUUACUGUCACCUCUGUUAUUCUACCUCUGGCUAAAUCAUGGUUGUCCUCAUUUGAUUUCAAUGUAAUGUGUGAAAAUGUUUUAGUCAUGUUGUUGCAU